AUGGAGGCCCCAGAUACAGGCAAUGCUGGCGUGACAAUGUUGGCCGGCGUCCGCAGCGCUGUAUCCAGCUUGAAGGCUUACCCAGGUUUGAAAAGGAAGGAGACCGAAAUCUACCCGGUCUGGAGGGACGACAGCAAGGAAAAGAGAGCGAGGACGGUCUCGCCCAUCGUGGCCGCCCCACUGCCGUCGCCCUCGGGCGGCAGCACCCAGACGCCAGUGCAGCUCAAGGCCAUGAGCCACGACAUCGGCCGCAGCAGCCCCCUGCCCCACCUGGCCUUUGGAGACCCUGAGCUCCUCAAGAGGCAGCUGCAGCAGAUGGCCCUUAUGCAGCACCACAACGAGAUAUCCGUGCAUGCACCGGUGCGGCAGCAGUCAAUGUCGGCUGUGCCGCCCGAAGGCAUUCGGCUGCCCAAGGGAUCUGCCCUCUCCCUGGACCCCUCCGUCUCCGGCCGCUGCUCCUCUCCCCAGCAGCAGGAUUCAAUGGCGGGCAGAGCAGGAGGCAUGGAGGGGCCCAGCUACAGCCAGAGCAGCUCAGGCUUCCUUGUGCAGCAGCCCAGCUCCAAACUGUGGAUGGAGGCUGUCCCCAUGAGGACGGGCACCAAGGCGAGCACAUCAUACCGGGUGUACAGCAAUGCGUUCAUGGAGGGGCGGCGGGCAAAUGGUGCCCCAGGUGCGGCCUACGCACGGCCGGGGAUUCCUUCCAUCAGCUCCUUGCCUGCCCAGCGCGGGCGGCCGCUGCUUCCCAUGCGCGAACGCUCGAGCUCAGUGUCAGAGGUGCCGCAGCUGCUGGCGUCGCGGCAGCGAUCUCUCGACGCGCCGCCUGCCGGGCCGGCCGGGGCACACCGCAUGCAGCCGCCGCCGCAGGGAACCCCUCUGGACGUUGUACGGCUCGCGCACGCCGCCGCAGACCGCGUCCUGCAGCGGAGGAUAGCGGAGCAGUCAAAGCCGGCGGAGGGACCGGCUGAGGUGGAGGGGCGGCUGGGCAGCGCGGGCAGCUGUGACACGCUGCCCGCCGGGCACCUUGGGCAGCAGCUGGGCAGCCUGCGCCAGCGCUCGGGCAGCUUUGGGCAGGGCCCCACCGCCACCGGCGGCCGCAGCAGCGCCGUCCGCGACCUCGAUGCCGCCACAGUCGCCUCACAGCUGGACCAGGAGCGGCAGCUUGCAGCGCUGAUGAUGAUCCAGGACUGUGCUGCGGCCGGCGCGGCUUCGCUGCUCAGCUCGGCCGGCGCGCAGGGGUCCUCCAACCUCAUCUACAUCCUCAAGAGCCUCCAGGAGCAGAGCCGCAGCAAUCCUGGGGCGUUGCUGGCCCAGCUUAAGGCGGCGCAGGAGUCCCCCCGGCAGCAGAUGGCGCUCAUGCGAAUGCUGCGCGAGUCCCUGCACCUGCCCGCUGAGGCCGCCCCCCGCCAACCCUCGCCCGAUCAGCCGCCCGCGCGGGAAAGCCCACAUGAUGACGGCCCCGGUGAAGCGGCGCGGAAGCGGGGGCGCCCGGCAAAACCGGUGGCCGACGACCAGUGGCAGCCGGCCGGCAGCCGCAGGGAAUUCCGGCGCCCCGUCAUCGCGGCCACUCUGCCAGCUGAGGGCUCUGUACCACUGCGCAUGAGCCACGAGGAGGCGCUGCAGCGGCUGGAGGCUCAGGCGGACCUGAGGGCCAAGGCGGGCAGGGCCAUUACUACAUGCAACACAGAACGCAUGUCCAGAAUAGGCAGCGAUCCGGGCGCGGCCGAGUGCCAGCUCAGCGGCAGCCGGAUGAAGGCGUUCUCGUCGGAGGGCAGCCCACGAUCUCGCGCUCCAAACGCCCCCCGCACCGAUUCCCCCUCCGAGGCUCUCUCUGGCCCCAGCCUCAUCUUCAAUGACUCCGCCACGUCAGAUGACAGGUUAAAGCGGCUGAACCCCUUUAUUGGCCGCUCGGCUGAGCAGCACGCCCCAGACAGCGGCAGGCGGCCGGGCUGGCGUGCGAAGGGCAGCGGCGUUCCCUCCAGCGCGGCAGAAACGGCGCGGCCGGCCCCGCACCGCGGCCCGGGCCGGCCGGCCAAGCGGCCGGCGUCGCCGCCGCAGCCGGCGCCAAAAUUGGAGUCCCCUGUGCAGCCGCUGGCACUCGCGGGCCCUGCCAAGGAAGGCCUGGAAAGGGAGGCGGCUGAGACGCUGCUCUUCCUGAACGGCACAGACCCUGAGGACCCCCCGGGGGCCACAGCUGCGGCGUCCGAGUCCCCCAAGAGCCGCCCAAAGGCCAAGGACGGCGCUGCGACGGAUGUGAGCCCGCUGCAGGCGCUCGUGCAGGACAUCAUGCAGCAGCAAAAGCAGCGAGCGCAGGUGAAUGCGCUGGCGAGCCUGCCCAAGAGCGUAGUGCGGGCCGAGGUGCGCGGCGGCUACGGCACAGCCACCGUUCCUCAGAGACAGCCCGAAGUUGCCCCUCCGCCCGUCCAGCCCGUCAAAAGGAAGCCCGGCCGACCGCCCAAAAAGAAGCCGGAAGAGCUGGCGGCCAUGGUGCAAGUGGCUCCGCCGCAGCCGAUGCUGCAUCAGCAAUCCAGCGCCAGCCGCUUCUCUGUUCUCGGCUUUGCCGUGCCUUCGGGGCGCCGCACCGGGGGCAAGUCGGGCAGACCCAACACCCAGCAGACGCACUCCGGGUAUAGUGGAGGCAGGAGUGGCAGGCACCGCUCGAGUGGAAGCAGCGGGAACCUGUCAGAAAGGGAGGCCCCUGGCGCCAGAUCAGGCGCCUACCUGGGGGUUCCCCUCACCCGGCCACGCCGCAUGCACCGACCCGCCGACUACGACUCUGAUCCAUCUUCAGCGGCUGUGGAGUACAGCGGCGAUGGCGCCGAGUUCUCUGGAGGCAGCUCCGAUGGGCGCUCAACAGACAGCGAGUCGUGGAACACAAAGGAGUACAGGAGGGCGCCCGAUGCAGCCCCAGACUGGGGGCUGCUGCUUGUGAAGGCGCCUGCCUAG